AUGGAAACGAAAUGGUACUGUUUCCUCUUCUGGUUCAGCUAUCGGUUCACUCUCGCCUGUCUGGCACACUUUAACUGGUGAGUGGUCACAGUGCUUAGUCCUUCGAGUUCCGGUUCAUUUUCCUUAUCAAAGUGUGUUUCAGGUGUAUGUCAAUCUACACCAACUGCGUAUACUUUACCCUAUGGAAGAGUUACGAUCUACUUUGGUUCUGGAUGCAUCUGAUCCUCUGUAGUUGCUUUCCACAGUUGAGGUGAGGGGUCGAGUGCGUCCUAUGGGUCCGAUCAGAGAGAAAUUCCAGACGAGAGAACUACUUGAUCGUCUGGUCCAACCUAAUCAUCAAAAAGUUGACCAAGUACCCGGACUACACUUUCAAGGUUCUCUGACAAGCUUUUUUUGUUUAAUGGUUUGAAUUUACACUUUUAGCAACUCUACUAUGCACUCUACACGUCCAGCAGAUCAUCUCACUUCACAAAACGGCUCAUGUCACGGAAAGAGAAGAAAGGAGUGAUUGAGUUAGGUUGGUUUCUAUCAGAACUCAAGUAGACUUACUUCAAGUCGUCCGUUCAGACUCGAAUAGUGACGAGGAAGAGAGAAACGAACCAACGAGCAGUCGCAGGUAAGGGAAUGCGGGGAUGUGAUGCAAAUAUUGUUAUCACUGAAACCUCGUUUGUGUGCAUUUGGUAUCGGGAAACGCGUCGAAAUAGUUAACGAAGACCUGGAGAUUACAAAUCAAACAAAGAUACCAAUUUGGGUUUUCAGCGGAGGAAAUAUCGACGCGGAGGCGCCGAUUCCGUUGAAAACGAGAAAUGUGGAAAGAGUGAGAGCCAUUCCAGCACCAGUGAAGGAGGUUCCGGAGGAUUUGGAUGGUAAUUGCGAAUUGUGAAGGGGGUUUUUGAUAUGUCAGCAUGAAAUCAUCUUUUCUUUUCCUAUGUUAGUGUAGUUUUUCCUCUUUCCUUCCAGACGAUGCCGAUGAUGAUGGCCAGAAUGCGACGGAAAGCACGCCGCUCCGUCCGCCAAGACCGUCCAGACCGAGGUUUGAAGAGCCGGAGGAAGAAGAUGAAGUCAUUGAGGUUGUAACUGAUGCUCAGCCUGACGACGGUAUGUGGGGCGUAUCUCACGGAAUCAGCAAAGGGGAGCGUUUAUUUUGUGUAAAAGCACCACUUCUAACACAUGUUUUGUGCUCUUUUCUUUCCUGUUUUCAAAUUUCUGGGUUCCAAAGCAAGCCAAGACUUUUUCAGAGCCUCAAACUGCAAGUCCGAUGUCCGAGCAGCCAAAAUGGAAAUCGUAUGUUCCGAAUUCGGUGAUCAAGUGAGGAACUUACUGGUUGAAAUGGAUGUACAAAUUAUACCGUUUUCAGACUGCUUCCCCGCCAAAACAGUUCGACUCCCUCAAUUCAGUCAAAGGUGUCAAACCAGACAAAUUCCACGGCUAACGCCACCGACGCCACUGGAUCCACAUCGGCUUUUGGAAGAAUUUACGAUCGUUUCAAGUUUACGAGAAACAAUUCAAAUUCAUCGAGCACCCAACGCCCAGAUGGUAAGUUUUUGCUACUAAAAUUCAGGGGAAAAUCGUAACUUAUCUUUUUCAGAGAUCGAAGUAUUGCGACCGGACUACUCGAAUCGCUACGACAUCCACGAUAAAGCGAAGCGAGAAGCCAGAGAAAGAAGGGACAGGAAAGCUCUCCGUCACCGUAUUCGUCAUGAACUGAGGAUGCAGAUGAAGGCUGAUGCUGAUAAGGAACGAAGGUGAGUCAUUUUCAACUGAUCUACUGUAGUAUCAAAUUAAUAUUCAGCCGCAAAAAAGUGACGGAUGCUAUCGAACUUCUUCUCCAACUGCUCCGUAUGAUGUCCUCGUUUGCGAUGCUCAUCGGAACCAUCAGGAAGACGUUCAUUCCCGCGUCGUUCAAGUACCUCCGACCAGGACAGCACGCUUAUGACAACUAUGAGCUGAUUCUCCUGUUCCGGUGAGUGAAUCCGUGAUAGAUUUUUAUGAUUUCGGCAAAUUUCCAGAUGCACAGCAUUCCUCGAUAUUGCCAUGUUCUGGAUGAAUGUGUCCUACGCGUAUUGUUUGCAAUGGCAGUUGUGUUGCCGUUUGGGAUGCACCCGAUUCAUCUUUUGGGCAACUAUUCUUGGACUGGUAAGGUUUUUCAGUCAGUUUUCGUGGCUUCGUAGCAAUGACAUCAGAUUGACACGUGAAUCUAUUUGUUUGAUCAUUUUAGAGUUAAAACUCAGUGUCACGCUAGAACUACAUCAACUGAUAACAAAGUGCACUAUCUUUCAGGUGUCGACGACAGUCAUGUUCAUCCCGAUGACAUACGUGAUGAACGAUCUGGACUUGAGCUGGUGCCGCCUGAUGCCCAACACAACUCUCGCAAAGUAUCAACCGAACUGGUGA